AUGGAGCAGGCAACGAAAGUCAAUUCCGAGUGGACACAUUUCCUUGAGCUUCCCCCUAGCUGUAUCGAGUUCUGCCCGGCUCACCCAUCAUAUUUCGUCGUUGGCACAUACAAUCUCCAGAAGGACGAGGCAGAUGCGGCCCGAGAUGGCGCGGCCCAGGGCGAGCAGCCCACCAACCAGCCGCAGACUCGCACCGGAAGUCUCGUAGUAUUCCGCCUUGAAGGGAGCACAGCACGACAUGUGCAGACGCUGAUACACCCGUCCGCUAUAUUGGAUCUCCACUUCCAUCCUCACCGGCCAGACAUCCUGGCUGUCGUCAACAGCACAGGCACCCUCUCACUUCUCCAGUUGGCGCCGCCGACAAGCGGUGGCGGCAAUCUCUUGACGGAGCUUGCUGUCAACUCGCCGUUGCCUGGCGCCGGUGGGAUUAUCUUCACCUCGUGUUGCUGGCACCCCAAGUCAGACAACUCGAUUGCCAUCACGACCUCUACCAACGAGGUGCACCUGUUCGAGUUGAACGGCAGCUGGCAUAUAACGGAGACUGAAGACAGCACGAUCCACAACCACGAAGACUACGCGUGGACGGUAGCAUUCUCGCCCGACGACACUUGUCCAGCGGUGCUGUCGGGGGGUGACGAUUCCAGACUCCUGUUUACCAACACAGACGACGGCUCUACAGAAGUACUCAAAGGACACCAGUCAGGUGUAACCGCGCUGCUGCCCCUGCAACAUAGACCGGGCUCGCCGGAUUAUAUCUUAUUGACAGGGAGCUACGAUGAACACAUUCGAGUGUACUCGAUGGCUGGACUACCUAUGCUUUUGGCCAAAGCGAACUUGGGCGGAGGAGUGUGGAGGUUGAAGCAGAUAAGUUUCACCAUUGACGGAGACCGAUGGGUCGCUGUGAUUCUGGCAUCGUGCAUGCAUGCGGGCGCCAGAAUCCUGAGACUAUCUGGCGACGACGAGGGCUGUAAGAUUGAUAUCCUGGCACGCUUCGAAGAACACACCAGUAUGAACUACGGGAGUGACUUCCAUCCCGUAGAUGGCGACCGUCAGGACCUCGUGUGCGUGUCUACAAGCUUCUACGACAAGCGGAUGUGCAUUUGGAAGUUUGCUGUAGAGUAA